AUGGCUAAAGACAUUGAAUUAUCUGAAUCCGAAUCCAAAUUCAUCUUAGAGGCCUUAAGACAAAACUAUAGGUUGGAUGGCCGUUCCUUUGACCAAUUCCGUGAUGUGAAAAUAAAAUUUGGCAAAGAGUAUGGUGAUGUCAGCGUGGAAAUGGGCAACACCAAAGUUCAUUGCAGAAUUAGCUGUCAAAUUGCACAACCAUAUGAAGAUAGGCCAUUUGAGGGGCUGUUUGUAAUAUCUACUGAAAUAUCUCCAAUAGCCGGUUCUCAAUUUGAAAAUGGAAAUAUCACCGGGGAGGAUGAAGUUCUAUGUUCAAGAAUAAUUGAAAAAUCUGUCAGACGGUCAGGUGCACUAGAUGUGGAAGGACUGUGUAUUGUGGCCGGUAGCAAAUGUUGGGCAGUGAGAGCAGAUGUACACUUUCUGGAUUGCGAUGGUGGGUUCAUUGAUGCUUCAUGUAUUGCUGUGAUGACAGGACUAAUGCAUUUCAAGAAACCAGAUAUAACGGUCCAUGGCGAACAGAUUAUCGUUCAUCCCGUUAACGAAAGAGAACCAGUUCCACUGGGCAUACUGCAUAUCCCUAUUUGUGUCACUUUUUCGUUCUUUAACCCCCAAGAUACUGAAGAAAAUAUAAAAGGUGCAACGAACUCAGAAAUUUCGAUCAUCGAUGCAACAUUAAAGGAAGAAUUACUGCGAGACGGUGUUUUAACUGUCACUUUAAACAAAAAUCGUGAAGUAGUACAAGUUUCUAAGGCUGGUGGUUUACCGAUGGAUGCGUUGAUGUUAAUGAAAUGUUGCCAUAAAGCGUAUGCCAUCAUUGAGAAGAUAACUGACCAAAUACUGCAGCUUCUAAAGGAUGACUCCAAAGAAAGAAAUAAAUACGCCGCGAUGCUCACAUCUGAAAAUGCACGUGAAAGUUAA